AUGGCCCUCACCCGGGCGGCGGGGCGAGCAGGUGCCGCCGCGGCGCUGGCGCUGCUGUGGCUGCUGGUCUGCGCCCCGGGGGACGCCGGCUGCCGCCUCCUGAGCGUGGCCGAUCUCUUCGACCGGGUCAUCCGGCACUCGGGCAGGAUCCACAGCCUCUCCACGGCGCUCUACGCCGAGCUGGAAAAGCACUUUCCUCCCCGUGACAACGAGCUGGGGAAGCCCUUUCGGAAGUGCCACACGUCGGGGAUGCUGACCCCCAACGGCAAAGAAUACGCCCAAAAAAUCCCGAGAGAAGAACUGACUCACUUGAUACUGAAACUUUUGCAAGCCUGGAAAGAACCCCUUUCCCACUUUAACCAGCAUAUUGAGCACCAUCAAGAGCUGCCUGAUGACAGCCUUAGCAAAGCUAAGCAAAUCAGCAAUAUGGUACAUGAGCUGAAGACUGGAGUUGAGAAAGUAACAGAAAAGAUGCAGUCAAUGGGGAUCAUCAGCAAUUCUUUAAAUGGAAUGGCAUCAUCUGAAGCUGCUGGUUUAUCAAUUAGUAAUGAAGCGAACAUGAUGAGUGACUCUGACUUCAUUCACUGUUUCAGGAGAGACUCCAAUAAAGUACAAAGCUACUUAAAAAUUCUUAAGUGUAGGAUUAUGCCAGGAAAUAGUUGUUGA